AUGAUGGACAGUGAUGGGACCUUGGGAAUGAUCUUCUUAUCACAGACUGUACUUGGAGUUCUGGGCAAUUUGUCUCUCCUCUACUACUAUCUGUUUCUUUACUUUUCCCAAAGCAGUUUAAGGCCCACAGACUGCGUUCUGAUGCAUUUGAUUGCAGCAAAUGUCUUAACUCUCCUAUGUAAAGGAGUGCCCCAGACAAUGGCAGGUUUUGGUUGGAAAGACUUCCUCAAUGAUUGUGAAUGCAAAGGAGUUUUCUAUCUCCACAAAGUGGGCAGGAUUAUGUCCUUUAGCAGUAUCAGCUUCCUGAGUGUCUUCCAAGCCAUCACUAUCAGCCCUAAUGACUCAAAGUGGGCACCACUUAAAUGCAAAGCUCCCAAGUAUGUUGUUGCCUGUGUAAACCUUAGUUGGAUUCUGAACCUUUUUAUAAAUACUGUUUUUCUUACAAACAUACGUUCAAAACAGGGCAAUAAAAGCAUGACAAUGCUAAAAGACUUUGGGUACUGUUCUUCUGUUAAUAUUGGGGAAAUGGAUGCAGUUUUGCAUAUGGUUUACCUGUCAUUCCCUGACGUUAUAUGCAUGUGGCUAAUGCUGUGGGCCAGUGGCUCCAUUGUGCUCAUCCUGCAUAGGCACAAGCGGAGUAUGCAGCACAUGUUUAGGAGCAAGGUCUCUCCUCAAUUCUCACCACAUACCAGAGCUACCCAAACCAUCCUUCUGCUGAUGAGCACCUUUAUCUGCUUUUAUCUGCUUUCCUCCGUCUGUCAAGUCUGUUUGGCUAUCAUUUAUAAUCCUUCCUGGUUCCUGGUGAAUAUGUCUCUUUUCAUUGCUGGCUGUUUCCCAACUGUGAGUCCCUUCUUGCUUUUGUGCCGUAACUACCAAGUGAAGACAUUUUGUUUUACUUGUGUCAGGAACAGAAAAGCCCCAUGA